AUGAAUGCCAGUACUCCGGGUGCAAAGAGCGCCAAGUCAAAGUUCGAUAUAAUCAUCUGCAAGUGGCACGACUGCUCGAAAGAAGCAGAACCGAGAAAUGAGUUUUGCGACGACCACAGAGACGCAGUCGAGCGCGAGAAGCCCUACCCAGACCCGCCGGUCGUUCUCCCUGCAUACGUCCAGGAGCGCAUCCCAGAGUGCAUCCAGGAGUUACCCCAGGGCCAUGUGCAGGAGUGCGUGGUCGGCGGCUGCGCCCGCCACUGCGCCCCCGCGAAUCUCUACUGCCCCCGUCAUGUCUGCCCGGAGAAGGGAUGCCAGAGGGAGAAGGCGAGGCAUCAGAAGCGCUGUCUGGGCCAUUUGGACCCUCGGCAUCUUUGCCAGGAAUUCAAUUGCUGGGCGAGCCCCAAAGAGGGUCAUGCAUUCUGCGACGCGCACGUCAAGGAGGAGCCUGAGGCUGGUGAGGCUUGGGAUAUUGAGUUUGUCUAUGUGUUCGCCACUGCUGUUCUGUUGGCUGUGGCUGUUGCAUUCUUUUAUAUGGAAUGGUAG